GUUCUCGACAAGCACUGGAGGAUCAUCUACCGGGUCCUCGACAAGCACUGGAGGAUCAUCCACCGGGUCCUCGACAAGCACUGGAGGAUCAUCCACCGGGUCCUCGACAAGCACUGGAGGAUCAUCAACUGGGUCCUCGACAAGCACUGGAGGAUCAUCCACCGGGUCCUCGACAAGUACUGGAAGAUCAUCCACCGGGACGUCAAAAGUGCAAUCCUCGACAGGCACUGGAGGGUCAAGCACUCGGACUUCAACAGUGCAGCCCUCGACAAGUACUGGAGGAUCAACCACUGGGUCUACCCCAGCAUCCUCAAGUACAUCGUCGACUGUUACAUCAACGUCAUCUGUGAUUUCCUCAACAAUAUCCCCCACACCAUCUGCUUCUGUUACGUCAACAACUACUGUCCCAACCACAACUACUGCACUUGCACCUACAGAAAUCGACCCUCUGGCCAGGUUUGUCUCGAAUUUCGUCUUGACGAUUGAUUUCGGCUAUGGAUCGGACAUUGUGGACCCGACCAGCGAGGCUCACAAGAACCUUGUGAAUGCAGUCGUGUCUUUCUUGCGUUUCGUCCUGAGAUUCAUCUUCCGUAUUGACUACGAAAUUCCACAGAUAAAACAAGGUUCUGCAAUAGUUAACGUGAAAAUCAGCAUUCCUUUAGCAGAUUUGAGGAUGGCGUCAGCUGCCUCUGGCGGGAGUUUCAAACUCGAUACCGUUUUGUUGGCCGCAGUGAACAAUGCAUCAAAGCACAACGUUACCGUUGAUGGUAAAGCUGUGGACUAUGCCGGAAUGGUGAAGAGUCUUCAGACCGCUUUUUCGAAAGCCUACAGUCCCUGUGACUUCAACCCUUGCACAACGGGACACAAGUGUGUGGACCUAAAGCCUGACAGGCCGUAUACCUUUGACUUUGCUUGUCAGUCUAAAUGCAAAGACCACUCUUGUGGCGUUUAUUCCGAAUGUUUCCAAGACAAGGAGGGAGAUCCUUCGUGCGUAUAUAGUGAGUCUAAACUUAUGCUCUUCCUGGGAAUAUCGAUCGGUGGUUUCCUCGCACUCAUCACACUCGUGGGAAUGCUGUGCCUGCUCUGCAGGUGGAGGAAGGCGGACACUAGGGCAAAAAAGGAAGAGAGAGAGAUGUUCUCCACAUCCCCCGGAAAAAGUCCUCAGACACACUCGGCGAAGAAUGCUGCUUUUGUUGAAGAUGAGUCGGGCAAACAGCAUCAUGGGACCUACGCCUCUUACCUAGGGUACGAACAAGACUCCCUCAGCAAGGCGCUGAAGACUCCCCGUCCCAAUGCCAGUCCCGAGAAGCUUGGUUUACUUGAUCUGGCGACUUCACAGGAUCAAGCAUCACCUAGUUCACGGACAAAGGAAAUCAACACUGAGAGAUCUAAGGCGACACUUUGAUGAAAAAUAGUAUUAAACUGCGUGACGCGUGUGAUAUGCCAUGGCCUCACUCUGUUGAUGGCAGCUGAACUUUGUGCAUUGGAGGAACUUUUCUCAUGCGUUGACUUCGGUGAUUUCUUGCCAUGCAGUGUAUUUAUAUGAAAUCGAGAGGAGGUACUCUAAAAAGGCGGGAAAGUUUGUGUUUCGCUUUCAAUAACUCGUCGUUGGUCGUGUAUCGGUUAUGUGAUGUCCAAUAUAUCGGCAAAUGAGUACCUUCAGACACUGAGGACUUUGGAAAUUUACGUUGGAAUAUAGGAGUUUGUCAAAUGAUGCGUUUUCUGUGUGAAAUCUAAAAUAACCCAAAUGCUAUUUCCUCGUGAAAUGGACUAUGGUUCCCUGUACUAGAAUAUUUCUUAUGAAUUUUGAUUAUCUUUGGUUGUACAGAAAACAACUCAUAUACUCGUGUGCGAGUCACUCGUGACUUAAACAGGAGACAUAGCUGACACCCCUGGAUGUUCAAAUUGAUUGUGAAUAAUGUCUCCCUCCACAGGAUACACACGAUCGCAAGGCGCCCCAUACAUGCUCGGUUUAACCUCUUUCAGGGAUAAUGGAGAUGUUAUUUGGGACAGGGGUGGUGGCCUUUAUUGUCAGAAACAUAAAUCUUUUCUAAGGACUGAACUGGAUAAUCAAUCUGCUGAGAAAUUGUCAGAUGGUUUUGCAAGUGUUCACAAACAAUUAAACUCGGUCAACGGCACAUUUAUUCUCAACGUUUUUCAUUGAGUUAACUAACCGUGUUUGAACCGCAUUUAGUAAAAGCGCCAACGCCCAUAUUGACAUGCAUGUAGUUAAACAGUGUGGGCUGGACCCAUGCCAAAUAUCAAUCAUUUGUCAUUAAAAACUGCCAUGCAUUGUGAUGUUCGUCAUUAUAAUAUAGGCUAGAUGAACUGCCGUCAAAGUGCAGGACGUCAAGCUCAAUGUCGACAGUGACCCCGUCAUGGUUUAGUUUAAACAAAUCUAUGCAACAGAAACUACUGUAAAGAAUCGGGCGAUCUCGGUAUCAUUCGUAUUCGAGAAAGAUUCUCUAUCCACUGGUAUCAAUGAUUUUAAUCUAGCGGGUAGUAGAAGUAUCCCAGUGGUUGCGUUUUUUCUGGACCACCCUGUAUAGUCAUGGCCCAUGGUCUAGUCUUACAGAUCGUCAAUACUGCUGUAGAAGGCUCAAGCAGUGGUCAUAUCCCGGCCUGUCGAGGCCCUGCUCAAUGCAUCAGUCCUAAAGAAGCCACUGGGAUGAUGUUGAAACUGAAGACGAUCGCCAGUAGUUUUGAAUCCAGGGAACAGAUUGAAUGUCAUAGUGAUAUUGUCAUAGAUUUAUUUGAUCUUGUUAGUAUUUAUUAUUUACAUUCUGUAAAAUGUUAUUAGUUUCUUACUUAACCAAAGUGUGUCAUGUGUCAUUAUUUUGUUGUUGUCAUGAAUAAACUAAUUUAAAAGA